CGACGUGCGUCGGAUCGGGACUCACGCGACGAGGUUGUUUAUCGUGACGUCGUCCUGGCGAGGUUCUGCCACGUUCGUGCCGAGAGUGCCGGGUCCUCGCUCGCGCCGGAAAUCGAUUGUGAGCGUGCACCCUCGUGCAUAUCGACCGCAGCGAGGCGAGGCGUAACGUUUCCAUUCGAUAAAACUGUUCCCGUGGCGUGCGAACGCACCGCUCCGCGUGAAACUGCGCUCGACUCUUAUCGCGACGAGUCUGUUACAAGAGUGACCGCUUUAAACAACAGGAACAGGCGUCGUCUGGUCCCGUGAUCGCGUCUCGUGAUAUAAUGGUGAGGUGGAACAAGCGAUAAGCACAAGAGUGCAAGGGAAGCAUUCGACGAGCACGGGACGACGACUCCACGCCCCCGUCGGUACCCUUUUUUUCUCGCUGGAGACACGCGCGCGGAGCGCCUCAGGUAGACAGGUAGAGGAUGGCGGAGGAAGGCGCCGGUGGAUCGGGAAACGGAAGCAGCGGCGAGACAAGUCGUCUGCAGCUACUGCAGGAGAUGCGGCAGCAGAAUUUCGAUACCAUACGAUUCGCGUCGUAUCGCACCGCCUGCAAGCUGCGAUUCAUCCAGAAAAAGGUGCACCUGCACAAUGUCGACAUAUGGAACGUGAUCGAGGCGUUUCGAGAGAACGGUCUGAACACGCUGGAGCCGACGAGCACGUUAGGUGUAUCCAGGCUCGAAACGCUGCUGUCUUCCUUGUUCCAUGCGUUGAACAAAAGAGUGCCGGUGUCGCAGCAGUCCAAAGUCGACGCGACUACGGCAUUGCUGAUGAACUGGCUGUUGGCUGCUUAUACCAGCGGGGAAAACAAUAAAAUAUCCGUAUUCUCGGUGAAGGUAGCCCUGGCCACGUUAUGCGCGGGCAAGCUUAUGGACAAAUUUCGAUAUAUAUACUCGCAAAUAUCUGACAGCAACGGACACAUGAUACCAUGGAGGUUCGCCGAUUACCUGAAGGAGGUCCUGGCGCUAACCGCAGCAGUUUACGAAUCUCCAUCGUUUGGUUACGCCGAUGGUCUCGCCGAUUCGAUUUUUGCAGAUAGUCCCAAAGUCACCGUGAACGACUUCCUGGAUACACUCAUGUCGGAUCCCGGACCGCACUGCUUAAUCUGGCUGCCGUUGUAUCACAGAAUGGCGGCUGUGGAAACAGUGGCCCAUCCCAUCGCGUGCGAUGCCUGCCUGAAGGAGAACUUCACUGGAUUCCGAUACAGAUGUCAGAAGUGCCAUUCGUAUCAGCUGUGCCAGGACUGCUUCUGGCGCGGUAAAGUCUCCGGAACGCACAACAACGACCACGAGACGAGAGAGUACAGCAGUUUUAAGUCACCGAGCAAGCAGAUCGGUCAUUCCCUGCGGAAGAGCUUCAGAUGCGUGCCCGAGAAGGGGAAGAACAGUCUACCGCGAUUCCCGGAACAGCCCGAGAAGACACUGGACCUGUCGCACAUAGUCCCACCGUCACCUUUACCAUCUCACAACGGUUUUCCAGAUCCAGGAUUUAUGGCACCCUUUGAUUCAGGAUCGGUGGACAGCCGCUCGACUCUGAGGAGUAUGGACAGUUCAAGACUGGACGAUGAACAUAAAUUAAUAGCACGAUAUGCACAAAGGUUGGCACAAGAAGCCAGGACCAUGCCACGUACCGCGUCCAGGAUGUCCCAGGCAGAUCAAGCAGGCAGAGCACCGUCGGACGCGAAUCUGGCGUCGCUAGAUGCGUCACGGGCGCAGCGCGAGCUUAUAUCGCAGCUAGAGGCGAAGAACAAGGAAAUAAUGCGCGAGAUAGCAAGGUUAAGAAGACAACAGGAGAUAGAAGCCGCGGGGUUGGAGAACCCGGCGUUGAUGUCAGAGCUGCGAGCUCUGAGGCAGAGAAAGGAUGAGCUGGAGACGCAUCUGGCCACGUUGCAGGAUUCCAGAAAGCAGUUGAUGCACCAGCUGGAAGGUCUAAUGAAAAUGUUGAAGAAUCAUCAAACGUCGCCACGAUCAACGCCGAAUAGCUCACCGCGAAGCACAAAGUCGCCGCCGUUGCCGCCUGGCGUGAUUCCGAGCAGCAGAUCGGCCCCUCCGACUCCCGGCGGACCAUUGUCCACGCCGCCCCAACAGCAACAGCAACAACAGCAGCAGCAGAUGCAGCAACAAAUGUCCCAGAGUUAUCAAAAUCCCGUUCCGACAACGACAGUGGCUAACGCUAUGCAGGGCAACGCUAUGCUCGGCACGAUACAGAAUCCUAUUCCAGAUAGCUUGUCGUGCGUUGGUGGCGACGUAAGGUCUGCGUUCAGGACAAACAGCUUACCAGGGAGCGGUUCCAGCAGUGCCAAUAAUAGUCUGGGCCGAUCCUUGAGAAACGACUUACUGGUAGCUGCCGACAGCGUCACUAAUGCCAUGUCGACGCUUGUGAGGGAAUUAAAUUCAGACUCAGACCAGGAGGACCAUUCGCACAACUCCGGCCUAAUGAACAUCAGAAAACCGCUAGACUUUGAGGCCGGCGAGGACGGGGACGACAGCAGCGGGGGCGGGAAUUCCUGGCGGGAGGAGCUGCAACGACGGUACCAACAGGAGAAUGACUUCUUGGCGGAGUUGCGAGCGCGAAACGCCAACAUGCCACAAACACCGUCGACCACUUUGUCCAGCGAGCAAGAUCAAGAACGAAGCGAGCGAGAUGAGAUGACCGAUCACGAGAAGGAAGACGAGAGCGAGGCCAACUGGGCGGAGGCGGUGAAGAGAUGGGUGAAUCGAUAAAGCGAUCUCUAGCCAAGUGAAAAGGUGCAUUAGCAGGCGUUCAAGCGUUGAACAUGCGUUCGAAAAUGCGCAAACGAAUCGCGACUAUGAUCACACACAUGCACGCAUAUUUACACUCAAAAUACGCCUGAUGCCGUGGACGUGUACUUUGAUAUUAGUAUACAAUUGUAAUCCUCGAUAGUCGAGAGAAGGAUGUCGCGUGACAUCGAAAAUCUGUACGAUGCGGUACUUGCAAUCAAAACAAUUAUGACAGAAGCGAGAGCGUUGCAUGAAGCAUUGCACGAGCGGAGAUUUUCAUACGAAUAAUUACCGUAUCGUUCUCAUGUAGAGUGGCAUUUGUAUCGCGAGCGUGCGGUAAUUUUGCUACUUAUUUAUCUGUAAUUCGCGAUGUAUAAGACUUUCUAGAGUCGACUAUACGCCUCUAUGUAUAACUAUACAAAUGCGACACGAAAAUGUAUGUCUGCCUUUCGCUGCAUCUUUUUAUUUUUAUUGUUAUCGUUGUACUUGUAAUUAAACAUGAGCCGAGUGCGCGAGUUAAACGCAAUACUGCAGUAAUACUGUAACUGUAUUUUAUAAUUCCGUCGUUUUUAAAAACUAAUUUUAAAACAUCACACAUCUGUACAUAUCCAAAGCAAGUAUGUUCGACAAACCGAUAGUUUAUCGUCUCAUCCGUUGACUUGGACAUUUCUAUCGUAAAUUACGCGACAAGUUUUGCACAGAUUACACGUCAUUGACCAAACCGGAACUACUUAAACUGCAGCAGUGGCUGCGAGCAAACCAAUUUUUUAAUGUAUUACAAGUUUAGCGCAAACUUAGUUUGAGGAGCCAAAGUGUGUUUUGUACAUUCGUACAUUAGUCUUAGGAUAUAAUACGCUAUUAAGUAUGUAUAAGAAAGGUAAUAAUGUGUAAACGAACAUAAAGAUAUUGACGCAUUAGGUAAGACGCUUUCAGUAUCGAUGACUUUAAAUUCGAUCGCAUUUACAAUUGCAGAAUCUGAACGGGUAGAAGAACGAAGCUAGUCUUACGUACAAAAGAAGAAGUACUUACUUUUUAGUUCCUAGAAUAAAAAAAAUGAGGAGAGAGAAAGCAUUCCAAUUAACGAUUCAGAUUUGUUAGAACAUGACUGCUACUAAUGUAAGAACCAAUGCAUUUUGUAAUAUUUAAAUAGCAUGCUCUGUACGCGAGGUAUCCUAUGUAUAUAUACGACAUCAGACUUCCUUUGUUCAUCUCUCCAUGAAAAUAAUGUAGCGCCUACAUGAUACGAAUAUUAAAUAAAAGUUUAUAAAUAUACAUC